AUGUCUCUCAAGACCGUCGCUGCUACUGCUAUCCUUGCCGCCGCCAACUUGGUGGCUGGCCACGGUGCUAUCAUCGGCGCUACCGGCGAGCUCGGUGGCACUGGUAUGGCCCUCGGUGUUGAUCUCAGCACUCCUCGUGACGGAACCCGUCGCGACCCCUUCCAGGCCGAUUCCACCCGCUUCAAGGGUGAGGCCGCCGACACCUUCGGCGAGACCGUCGGUGCUGGCACCAACGACCUGGAGACUGGCACCAAGGCCAUCAUGGCCGCCACUGGCGACCAGCUUCCCCAGAUCCGUGCCGGUGGCACCAUCGACAUGACCGUCCACCAGGUCAACGGUGACGGCGGUGGCCCCUACGACUGCAUGAUCAACGGUGAUGCCACUGGCGCCACCUGGACCAACAUCAACGUCCCCGUCACCGUUCCCGGCCAGAACUCCCGCAACCGCGCUGGUGCCAUGACCGACUUCCCCAUCAAGGCCGAGAUCCCCGCUGGCCAGACUUGCACUGGUACCGUCGCCGGCCAGAGCAACGUCUGCUUGGUCCGUUGCCAGAACGCUGCUCGCGCCGGUCCCUUCGGUGGUGUCGUCCCCGUCCAGAUGGCUCAGGCUGGCAACACUCCCGCCGCCGCUCGCCGCAACCUCGCUCGCGCUGUUGCUGAGUCUGACCGCCAGUUCAAGCGCAUGAUGAAGCGCGCCAUGGCCAUUGAGGCCACCGACUUCGAGGACGAGGAGUAA